UGGAACAGGAUAUGCUGGGUGAGAGGAGAAAUUUACACAGCAGAGCAAUGAGAGAGAGAGAUACAUGUCACUGCAGCCAUCUGAUGCUGAGUGUAGACUUAUGCCCUGUUCCUGCACUGAGGAUCCCCAGGACUUAUGGACUGGUAUAGAAUCUCAGCGGAUGCAGUAGAUCAUCGGAUCCUCCAAGGUCUGAACUGGUUGUGUCAUAUAAGAGAGACAUCCAAAACAUGCAAUGCUCCUCCAGGACCAGGAUUGAAGACCACUGCUGUAGAAACACAGUUUUGAUGUUUGAUGUGCACUUUGUGACUCAGUUUAGGUUAAGAUUACCACCAAUCCACCCGGGAGCAAUUCGGGUGUGCUAUCUUCCACCGUGUGAUUCAUGUGAAAGCAUCUCCAGCAGCCUCUUGGUGGUUUUGGGUUGCGAUGGCAUGCACAAUAUUGCGUUGUCGAGGCGCAGAGAUGCUAUGUCAGUAGUGUGUCACGUGCCCACAAGCUCUCUGUCUCGCGCCUGUGUCUGAAGCCUCCUCCCUCAUCUCAUCUAGCAACGGCAGCACGAGAACAAUUCGAAUCAGCAAUCAUGCUGUCGCGCGGAGAAUACGCCCAUCCUCGCGCCUCCCUUCCUGAACGAGGUCCUUAAAUGACCCACGACCACUGAGGAGCUCGCGCUUUCCCUGUCCGGAUCAUGGCAUGCGCCCCAUUCCGGACUUCCACACGCGCGGCGCCGAGGUUCGAGAGCAGUGAACAUGGGAAUCAGGUCCAGAAAUGCCACUAACGCUGCCGAAGACUCGCGCGAGCGGAAGAGCGCGCUGGCCGCAGACCUGGAGCAGUGCGCGGGGCAGGAACGGGACGGCGCGCUGCUGCUCGUCGGCUCGGGCAGAGAACCGGACUUCAAACGGGGCUCGCAGAACAUCGGUCUGCUCGCUAAGACGCCCCUUGGCUACACACGUCCCGUGAAGAGGAAUAAUAUCAGGAAGCGACGGAUUCAGAACCUCAUCUACGACGCGCUCGAGAGACCACGAGGAUGGGCGCUGCUCUACCACGCGUUUGUGUUUCUGAUUGUUUUGGGAUGCCUGAUUCUGUCAAUUUUAACAACGUUCAAAGAGCACGAGAAAGAUUCGGCACACUGGCUAGUGAUUCUGGAGACAUUUACAAUCUUUAUUUUUGGAGGCGAGUUUGCAUUGAGGAUAUGGGCCGCCGGCUGCUGCUGUCGAUAUAAGGGCUGGAGAGGACGGCUCAAAUUCGCCCGCAAACCGCUGUGUGUCCUGGAUAUCUUUGUACUGAUUGCUUCGGUGCCGGUGGUUGCCGUACGAAACCAGGGAAAUGUGUUGGCCACGUCGCUACGCAGUCUGCGCUUCCUGCAGAUCCUUCGAAUGCUACGAAUGGACCGCCGCGGAGGCACCUGGAAACUGCUUGGAUCUGCAAUAUAUACACACAGCAAGGAGCUGAUUACAGCGUGGUACAUCGGCUUCCUGUCAUUGAUCCUGGCUUCCUUCCUGGUGUACCUGGUUGAGAAGGAUGAUGUCACUGUGGAGCCAUCAUACACCGAGGGCCCCUCCCCAACACCAGCCCCGCAGGACUUUGACACCUAUGCAGACGCCCUCUGGUGGGGACUGAUCACCCUGACAACCAUUGGUUACGGUGACAAGACCCCAAAGACGUGGGCAGGGCGUCUUCUGGCCGGGACCUUCGCUCUUAUCGGUGUGUCGUUUUUUGCUCUUCCAGCCGGUAUUCUUGGUUCUGGGUUGGCUCUGAAAGUUCAGGAACAGCACAGGCAGAAACACUUUGAGAAACGCAGAAAUCCUGCAGCUUCAUUAAUACAGGCUGCAUGGAGAUACUACUCCACCAACCCCGUCAGAGACGAUCUCAUCGCCACAUGGAGAUUCUAUGAGACUGUGAUCUCUCUGCCAUGCUUCAGGAAGGAGCCUCUUGAGGUUAUGGCUAGUCAGAAGUUGAGUUUGUUGGAACGUGUGCGGCUGUCGACCCCGAGACCGUCGACGGUAAGGGCCCGUGUGAUGAUGCCUGCUGCCAAUCCUGAAAGUGUGUCAGGGAACUGUGGGCCAGCAGAGGCGGUUGAGGAGAGUCCAUCAAAAGAGGGUAAACCAGCAGGGUUCAGUAACAGAGAGAGAUUCAGAACUGCUUUCAGAAUGAAGGCCUACGCCCUGAGACAGAGCUCAGAGGAUACAGGUGGUCUGCCUGACCCCACUCCUGAGGAGAAGGGCUUUCCACCAGACAUACUGCUGGAGGAGAUGAUUCCAACCCUCAAAUUAGUCAUAAGAGCACUGCGGAUCAUAAUAUUCCUUUUGAGUAAGAAGCGUUUUAAGGAGACUCUGAGGCCGUAUGAUGUAAAGGAUGUGAUUGAGCAGUAUUCUGCAGGACACCUGGACAUGCUCACCAGAAUCAAAUAUCUACAGACACGACUAGAUCUGAUACUGACACCAGGACCACCUCUCACUCCAAAACACAAGAAACCCCAGAAAGCACCAUUUCCAUACCCCACCCAGCAGUCACCAAGACACGAGUCGUAUCUUGCCAAAGCAAGCCUGCCAGAUCCUGAAGACCAAAGCAUGAUGGGUAGAUUUGUGCGGGUUGAGAGACAGGUGGAAGACAUGGAGAAGAAACUGGAUUUCCUGGUGGAUAUGCAUAUGCAACAUGACCUCACAGGUCCCGGCCACAUGACCUUGGAGCGCUGUGACCCCACGCUGACCGUCAGCGUCGCAGGCGACCGCGUGUACUGCAGCUACGGCCCGCCGCCUCACAACACGCCGCAUUACACGCGCUCCGACGCCAACCCGCCCAGACCGACUGUCCUGCCCAUCAGCCCACUGCCAAGCCACUCCCCGUCCUCGGGAGGCCGCAGGGUGGGAACGCCCCUGUCGCUGUUGUCGGUCACUCACGAGGAGCUGGAACGCUCGCCCAGCGGAUUCAGCAUCUCCGCCGAGAAAGAGGAGGUCACGGGCAAGACCUCAGGGUUAACGGCGGGGUCGAGCUGGGGCCGCGACCGCCGCUAUUUAGCCGAGGGUGAGACGGAUACAGACACUGAUCCCUUUACCCCCAGCGGACCUAUUCCACCCUCGUCCACCGGAGAUGGGUUCCACUCUGAUGGAGCGUGGGGAACACCACCCUAAAGACGCACUCACACACAUUCACUCACUCUUUCUAAAGACUACAGACUCUGUACAGCACAAAACGUCACAGACAUAAUACUCGUCAUAUCUAAAUAUGUAUCCACGUCGCGCUUUACCCCUGCAAAGCAAAGAGCACUGCAUGGAAUGCAUGCGUUUUAUCUCUAGUGGUAGACACUGCACUCGGCAGAUCGAGACUGUGUGGUUAUAUUUGACUGGGAACUUUAAGGGAGGAGAACACAACAGAUGCUAUGCCAUUUUUGUAAACAUUUAUUUUUCUAUUUACACAUCUUUUCAUAUGCAUGGACUGCAUGACUCAUCCACGGAGCAGCUAAAUGUAUCGACGUCUCCUCCGGUUUGCACUUGCUUUCGUUUCGAAUACUUGGGUUUGAGGAAGCUUCUUUCUCUGCACAUCUUGAGCUUGUUUUUAGUUCCUUUUUGCAGAUUGUACAAACCUUUUUGCUCUGGUCAGCAUGAACUGCACUCUGGGACAUGUCAUAUUUUCGCCACUAGCCGUUUAAGGACCAAAAGCAAAGCCUCAGUUAGGAAUUCCUCAAGUGUCUGGCCUUAAUCCAACCAAUGAGCACAUCCUGUCUGUGAGCGGCACAUAAAACUGCCAGCUCAAUGAAUAUUGCCGCUGUACCGUGGGACCAGCGUUCCCGUGAUAACUACAGUUUCCUUACGGUAACCCUACGUCAACCGCACUGUGGGAAAUGACCAAACUUUAUCCUUACACAGCAGAAUUAGUUUUUAACAUUGACCAGUUUACCUAUCAAAUUACAAUAAUAAUAGUUACACUUACUGAAUGUUUUAAUCCAAAACAAAUACUUAGGUCUUCCAAAAGGUUUCACAUUGAACAGAUCCUGCGUAAAUUCAGUGUUCAAAUGUGAAUUUACUGACUGGUUUUGUUGUAAAAUUUUGUUUUAUAAUUUUUUUUGUGCGUGUGUGUGUGUGUGUGUGUAUUUUCCAUUUCAUUUUCAUUUUAAACUUGUGUUUUUUUGUUUUUCUAUUACCGUAGUACAUCAAGUUAAACUAAAUGAAAAUGACAAAUGUUGCCCUGGCAAAUAACUGAAAUAAGAUCAAUUUGAGUUUUUUAUAUUUUAUUUCUGUUAACAUUUAUUUGAAACUAUUUGUAUUGUUUUAGUUUUAGUUUUAGUUAACUAUAACCACCCUGCCCCUGGGUUCUGCAUAUUAUCUAAUUAUUUAUUAUACAGUUCACAAUGUAUCAAUUAUCAAGAUAAUAUUUAAUAUCAAGAUUCAGAUCAAUUCAAAGUUCAUCAAUCUGAGGUUCGAGUCAUUUGUCAAGUCCAGUUAAGUGUUGUUCCAGUCAGUGUUGUCAUAAUGCAUCGUUUAACAUCGUUUCGCUCACCAUCUCAUUCACAUGGAUGAAUAAUUCUGACUCAAGGGACUUGAUGCUCAGUAAAUCUUGCACAAAUCAAAUUUUGAAACUUGCAUUUAGGGUUUGAGAUAAAUAGUACUAAUAUUAGUACUAAUAUACCUGUAACACACAAAAAAAAAAAAAAAAAGAGUAUGAAUUCAGAGAAAAAAAGCCAUAAAAUGGAAACGAACAAUUACUCUUAAAGUUUUAGUUAUUUCAUUUAUUGGUAAUUUUAACCAUGGAUGUUUUUUGUUUUUUUCUCUUUGUUCCAUUCUUUCCUUCUCUGUUACUCUGUCUGAUAUAAGCCUGGGGUUAUGAUGAGGUCAAGGCAGUAAAAAUACAUUUUUUUCCUUCUGUAUACACAAAAGAUGAUAUUUUGUCUAAAAGAAGAACGUUUUUGUCCAUACAAGUAAAGUCAAUGGGGUCCAAAACACUGAGACAUUUUUCCAACUAUCUUCUUUUGUGAGAAAGUCGUGAGAGUUGAGUAAAUGAUGACAGAAUUUUCAUUUUUGGGUGAACUAUCCCAUUAACCAUCCUAUAAUCAUGCGAUCAUGAGACUAAACACUGCCGCUCAUUAUCGUCUCAGACUGAACACUGUUAAACUCAAAUUAAACUCAAAUAUCCAUGAUCACAAACUAAAUACUGAUGUCAUUAUCCCAGAAUAAACACUACGAUCAACUUUUGAAUUCAAACUAGUCAAUAAGCACAAUGUCCAAACACCGUUGUCCAUUACCAUCCCCAAAUCAGUCACAAAUCAGCCCAAUAAAGCGGCCCAUUAAUAUCUUUAUACACUUUAUCUCGGAUUAAAAACUCAAUUAUUAGUCAAUUAUUAUCUCAUGCACAUUAUUAUUAUUAUUCACCUGCUCUCUGAAAGUAAGGACUGCUAUCUGAUUUUCUCUCUGACUACCGACUGCUGUUUAUUCUGAUCUCAGACUACUGAUGUACACAGAUACACUGCUGUUUAUUGUUUGUGCCUUGGCCUUUUAGAGCACCGGUCCCUCUCUGCUGGUCAUUACAUUCUCUUCACCAUGAAUCAAACCUGCCAUUAUUUUGCUUUUUAGGCCAUCCAUAAUCAUUUUGCUCUUGGUGGUAUCAGUAAAGCAUCUGUUCAUUUUCCUUGGACCUAUUCGGUUGUGUAUUUUCCUUUUAAAGACCCAACAAAUGAUGUUUUCGUUCUCUUCUUUUUGGUUUCAGAUGAAAUGAUUUCACACUAGUGGCCUUCUAAGCUCUUAUAUUCAUUCCAGUUUUUGAAUAAUAAUCUUUAUUUACAUUCUGGUCAAGGCCAGUUUUAAUAGUUUAAUUUGAUGAGAUAAUAUGCAAAUGUUAUGACGAACUUGAUUUUUUAUGUUAAAUCUUCAAAUUG